GAGGCGAGAGAGAAGCGGGGAGGGAGGCGAGGGAGGCGACAGGAGGCGCGUCCUUGACGCAGCUCAAGCGACAGGUGCGCGCUUCCGCGCCCCGCCGCGUGCCAGCAGCGCCACUGAGACCGCGCACCUGCAGGCGGAGGGUUCGCAACGCGCCACAGGUGGCGAUGGGCGAGCUCCGGCUCUGCUGUCACCGCCGAUAAGCAGUUGGGUCCAUCAUAGGCAAGGGGAGCGAGCUGGUGCGUGUAGCUGGCGGUGGUGGUGGUGUAGUUUGUAUAUUCUGUGCGCGGAGAGCAGUUUUGGAGGUUCGGCGUCUGCUGAGGCUUCUGCGUAGCCAGAGCUGGUGAAGGUAUUAUAUAUAGGUGGCUGCAAGUGAGCAACCCACCUGAGCGGGCAACUUCACCUGGGAAGGCAACUUCACCUGGGAGAGCAACUCACCUGAGCGGGCAACACACCUGGCCGUGACGCGUGGGCCAGGCACAGUUCCCGCGUCCCCACUUCGUCGCCAGGCCUUGCGGCGCAAGCACCGCGUAAUCGUCAGGCAACCGCAGCCUGCCACUCCUCGCCCAAUGCAGCCUCGAGGCCCCGAGUGAGGCUUCCCCGCUUGGCAUGACAUUCCGCUCUCAAGAGGAUGGCGUUUGAAAAUCUGGCUGUAGGCCUGCAGAUGUCGUACCCGGCACUGUUGGACCGGGGGGCCGUGCGGGCCGGGCCCGGCGUGCUCGUGUUCGCCCGGCCCCUCUCUGUGCCCGACUCGCGGCCCAUCAUCUACACGGGGGUCCAGGAGGGGGAGGCGGCGCGCGGGAGGGUCAUCGUGAUCCCCCACGGUGGCUCCGAGGCGGCGACGGAGAGAGGGGCUCCUUGGAGGGCACCGCCCGAGGUGCGCUGUGCGUUCGUGUCGCCCUGCGCCACCGGCCCUGAGCACGACGGCACUGCGCUCUGGGUGGACGCCCCCCUCGGCUCUCACGCCUCUCCCUCGUCCAACCCCAGCCCGGCCAGGAAGAGGCGAGGUCGGCGGCCCAAGAAUGCGGAAGGUUUACUGCCCGAGUGUCCGGACGGGAAGAUAAAGAAGAAGGCACGGGAAGGGAAAGGCCCGUACCUGUGGGAGUUCCUGCUGGGUCUGCUGCACGACAGCAACACGUGUCCCCGCUACAUCAAGUGGACCGAGCGUGACAAGGGGAUCUUCAAGCUGGUGGACUCGAAAGCGGUGUCCAAGUUGUGGGGGCGCCACAAGAACAAGCCCGACAUGAACUACGAGACGAUGGGAAGAGCGCUGCGGUACUACUACCAGCGCGGUAUCCUGGCCAAGGUGGAGGGGCAGCGGCUGGUCUACCAGUUCAAGGAGAUGCCCAGAGACCACCGGAGGAACGGGGACAACGACACCAACGGCUCGACCGAGGCGCCCAGCAGCCCCGACACAACCCCGCCGCACUCCCCCGCCGCGGGGGACAGAGAAGUGGCGGCCGAUUUGGGCGGUCGUGGACCGCUCUGUCCGGGAGACGGGUCGCCUUUCGACAGGCGACGUGCGAGCGUCGGCACAGACCGCCUCGGUGGCCCGGAACCUACCGUAACCGCCGAGAGCAGGGCCGUGGGGUCGGUGCACGUGCCCGUGGUGAUGCGCGCUCUCCCUCCGAGCCGGCCGCGGCCCAGGACCAUCGUGAGCGCCGACGGACGAUCGGUCCUGCCUGCCCUGCCACCGUCGCCACCGCUUCCUCCACCGCCGUCCUCGUCCGUCCUCGCCAGCGUCCUCGCUCGCCCGGACCGCUCCUCCGAGGCCGUCGAGUCGGCCGCGGACCGGCGCCCGGCCUCCGUGGGCCCAGACGCCUACCCGGCGCUGCGCCGCCUGCUCGUGCCCAGCGUGAUCCGCGGCCCGGACGCGCUGCGCCAGAGGGCCUCGGCGAGCGAGCAGAUCGGUCGACCGCCCGCCGCCCCGGCAGCCGUGGCCGCUGCUGCGAGGACGCCUCUCACUGGGAACGCGACGUCCGUUAUCCAGCGGCUGCUCAGACCCGCGGAUGGGAGGGAGGAGCGAGUCUGACCCCUGGGGAGAUGAGAGGGAGGAGCGAGUCUGACCCCUGGGAAUGUCAGGAGCGAUGGAGCGAGGAUGCACUCGCCGGGAACUGAGUGCGAGUGCUGAAUCAGUGGUCAAUGCUCGUCGGCCCAACAAUUGUUACAAUUCUAGGAGUUGUGAGCUGACAAUUUUCCUUACAAUAGCUACUUGCAGUGGUGGUAUGUUUUAUGGUAUACAUAUGUGUAUAUAUAUUUGAAAUGCGUUUUAUAAACAGGUGGCAAUGUGAGAUUUGUCAUGACGGAAGAAGACAGUCAAGGCCAGAACUUGUCUAUGAACAAGAUUUUGGAUUAUUUUCCCACAUACCGUAAGUAUUUAGAUUUUAUAUUUACAUGUUAAGGAAGAAAAUGGAUUUUCCAUUUUUGUUUAACGAAGAAUGCGCCAUUGAUGAAUGUUUAAGCCAAAAUACUGGGCCAACAUUUUGACAAAUACAUUCACAGAAUUGUAAAAAAACUUACUCUAAAUGAAACUUUUUUUUGAUGGGUGGCACCUCAUCAACUGACUCCUGUGAGUCAUUUCACAGUAGAAUACAUUGUUUUUAUGCAAAGCCUGAAGUGGAUGCUUGUGAUUUUUGGUUGGGCAGUUUCUGUGAUUUCAGAGGCAUGUUUCAGACACUUUAAAGAUGUCGGCAAUCUUGAGUACUUGUCAUGAAGUGGCUUUUUCCUUGGGCAUUGUUUGUCUGUCGAUGUACAUUAUUGUCUCACGUUCCUUUGAUAAAAAUGCUCAUAAAAUACCACGGUGUAAGGCCUA